UGUCUGUCUAUUUAGGUUAGGAAGUUAUCUCUAUGCAACUGUCAAGAAGCUCAACGCUUUUCAACGAUCUUUUCGUGUGCUCUUAAUAUUGUCAUUAAAGUAAUUUAUUUGAAUGUUUUGUGCCGAAUGUCCACAUUCGAAUAUGUGAUUAGUUGUAUUAUGUGCACUGUAUUUAGUCGAAAGUCCUGCCAUGGCAAAUAUACCUGUACGCCUGUCUGAACUGAGAACCGAUGAAGGCUCUUCCUCCCGGAAUUCAAGGAGAAGUAAAAUACCUGUCAAUGAUGGAAAUAGAAAACGAUCUAUGUCCACUGAACCAAAAUCGUGCACAAAAAUCAAAGCAGUACCUGUGCUUCCAGUUCCACAGCAAUCAGCAUUUCCAUUACGUAGGAGUCGUAGUGCUCUGAGCCUUUGCUCUACACCCUGUCGUACACCAGUACGUCAUCCAUCACAAUCUAGGCCACCAAGUACAAUUCGUCCAAAUCAGGAAAAGGCAUUGAAAAUUAGUGAACAAACAACUGCUUUGCAAAAAUACUUGGUUGACAAUGAAUUACCUAUGCCAAAUGGUGGAUUAAGACAAAUGACUAUCUCUCAUUUCGUUAAUUAUCUUCAGCAUUUCACAUCAUUACUGACAGCAAAUAGAAUUAAAAUCACACCGACCAAUUAUAUUGAUGAAAUGAUGAAAAUGAUGAAAUUAUUCAAAUACAAUGGUCAAUUAUCGAAAUCUAUUUUACUAGCACCUAUGACCAGACAUUCGUGGCCUCAUGCUUUAGCACUGCUAACAUGGUUUAGAUUAAUAUGUGAAGAAUUAUUCGAAGCGAACACAUGCUAUUUACCAAAUGAUCAGCAAAAUCAGCAAAUGCUCUGCAAAAUGGAUUAUAUUUACAAAAUGUAUGAGCUCUUUAAUGAGGGUAAUGAUUCCGAAGUUGAGAUUUUAGUUGAUAAAUGUGUUACUGAACUUAGUUGUCCAUCGUUACUCGAGAAUUUAAAUGAUAUGGAGGCACAAUUGGUUCAAAAAAGAGCUCAAAUUCACAACUUCAGAGCAAUACUGGAUGAAAAGCGGCAACAGUAUGAAGAUUUAAGAAAAGGAAGAGAAUCCUUUAUGCAGCAACAUCAACAUCUUAUUGAAUUAGAAGAGAAAAGGCAGAUAUUGUCUGAUAAAUUAGCAAAAUUAAAAUUACAGAAAGAUAAGAUUCUUGAAAAAAAUAACACCUUGCUUGAAGAGAAAAAAACAUUACAAGCACAAGUACGAGAUCAACCAAUGAACAAGCAUCAAAAAUCUAUAAUUAAAUCUCAAGUAGUAGCAAACAUAGAAAAACUAAAUAAUAAUAAAGAACUUCGGCAAAAACAUACUGAACACAAUUAUGAAUAUGAUUUAAAAUUAUUACAAUUGGAUUCAGAGUUGAAUAAAGUUUUGGUUACGUACAAAUCUUUUAUGUGCAAGUUAUAUGAGCAUCUAACACUUCUUAAUCUAGAUUUUAAUAAGGAAUCUCUCCAAAUAACACUUGAAGUUACUGAUGAUCUGACAAAACUUAAACAAACGUUAUUAGAAAAAAUUAGUAUUUUGCAAACAUGUUCUGAAGCACUACAAGAAGAAUUAUCAAAAAGUGAUGACUCAUACAAAGAUCAUUUGAACAAAAAGCAGCAAAGAAAAGACUUUAUUGAAAAUAUGAAACAAGAAACCAGAACACUUUUGCUGGAAGAUCAGUCAGUGAUGCAAAACAUAAAUGCCUUAGAAGAAAAUAUUUCCGAAAUAUAUCAACGGUUGGAAUUAAAGCAAAAAGAACUGGAAAGUACUAGUAAAGAAGUUGAAAAUAGAUAUUAUAAAUUAAAUGCUCAGAAAAUAUUGCUAAAUGAGCUUACAGUAAAAAUGAAUGAAUCUAAAAUGCAAUUGAUAGAAUUAAAAGAAAAUUGUAUGAAAAUAAGGAAAGAAAAACUCGACUUCGUCAAAAAGGAGAGGCAAAGAAAUAUGGAUGCAAUAACAGCACUGCAUGAAGCAAUUUCAGGCAUGAAUAAUAAACUUAUUUCGUUUUGGAAAAAAUUUAGUGAAGAUCAAAAUAGUUCGUGAGUAAAUUGUACAUUAUAUUC